GACUGCUGUGGAUCUAUCUGCACCCAAACAGUUUUCCUGUUCUUUAACAAAAAGGAUAAGAAGAGAAAAUGGAGCUGGAGCUGGAGCCGACUGAAGGUCCUGAUGAUUACUACGGUCCUUAUGACUACGAUGAGUCAGAAAACUCCACAAUGUGUGACUAUUCAGAGUGGACGCCGUCAUACUCCGUCAUCCCGGUGCUGUACAUGCUUAUUUUCAUCCUCGGCCUCUCUGGAAAUGGCGUGGUGAUCUUCACCGUGUGGAGGGCUCAGGGUAAGAGACGAGCUGCUGACGUCUACAUCGGCAACCUGGCCCUGGCUGACCUCACCUUUGUGAUCACUCUUCCACUGUGGGCCGUUUACACCGCCAUGGGCUACCACUGGCCCUUCGGAGUGGCCCUGUGUAAGAUCAGCAGCUACGUGGUCCUUCUCAACAUGUACGCCAGCGUCUUCUGCCUCACCUGCAUGAGCUUUGACCGCUACCUGGCCAUCGUCCACUCCUUGACCAGCACCCAGCUGCGCACCCGUGGCUACAUGCAAGCCUCCCUGACAGCCAUCUGGUUGCUCUCUGGUCUCCUGGCUGCCCCAACUUUGCUCUUCCGCACCACCAAAUAUGACCCGACCAGCAACCGCACAUCCUGCGCCAUGGACUUCAGCCUGGUGAUGACCAGGGAGGACCAGGAGAACCUGUGGAUCGCAGGUCUCAGCAUCUCCUCCUCAUUACUGGGCUUCCUUCUACCCUUCCUGGCGAUGAUGGUGUGCUACGGCUUCAUUGGCUGCACCGUCACACGUCACUUCAACACUCUGCGCAAAGAGGACCAGCGUAAGAGGAGGCUGCUGAAGAUCAUCACCACGUUGGUCGUGGUGUUCGCCGCCUGCUGGAUCCCCUUCCACCUGGUGAAGAGCGCUGAUGCCCUCUCCUACCUGGAGCUGUUACCCGCCACCUGUGCCUUCCUGCGCUUCCUGCUGCUGGCUCACCCCUACGCCACCUGCCUGGCUUACGUCAACAGCUGCCUCAACCCGUUUCUUUACGCCUUCUUCGACCUGCGCUUCAGAUCCCAGUGUCUGUGUCUGCUCAACCUAAAGAAGUCCCUGCAUGCGAGCCCUGCCAGCUCCCUGUCCUCUCAGAAGACAGAGGCUCAGUCUCUGGCCACAAAGGUGUGAUGACAACUGAGGGCCCAGAUGCAUGCUGGGGAAGAGGUGAACAAUGCAGAACAAUGCAGGUAAAUCUAAACUGAACAGCACUGCUGGGGGCCUGCUCACAGAUCGUCUGCGGUCAGUUUCAGGGUGUCAUCUGUGCUCCUAUCUGACUGCUGUGGUCCUGAAGACGACUGUCAAGGCUUCAGGUUUUGGGGUCUGACCAAACUCCAACCUCACUUUCAGGAGCAGGGAAGCAAAACUGCAUUUAAUACAAGGGACCAAGCACAAACCAGACUUUUUUAAAAGGGUGGAAUGUAUUUUAAAAAGGACCUCAUGCUCAUGUGUUUCGCUUGUGGACUUUUAUGCAAAAACACUGAGCUUUAGAACUCAAAAAAUUUUGUCCUCAAGUCCUGGUGAAGUGCGUGCAUUUGCCCCUGUUGUUCUAGUUUUCAUUUGUAAGCACUUGAGGUGUGAUAUCUACCAGCUGAAACUGUAGUAUCUGUAUCACAGCCAGCAGUGUUACGUAUGUGUGUGUAGAAAGGGUGUGCCAGUCUGCAAGAGGUGUCGGAGUCUGAUAAGAGUGUUGUAAGAAGAGACGGGGUUGUGGGAGAGAAGAGGAGGAGGAGGAGGAGGGGAGUCCCAGACAGACAGACAGAUGGCAGCUGACAAAUGUUUUCAGGCUGGUGCAGGGCCCAAUUAAAAGGUGACCGCUUUGACAGUCUGCUGAAUGUGUGUGUGAGUGUGUGUCUGUGUGUGAAGGAAUGAAUUUGUUUAUUGUGCGUCAGAAUGACAAUGAAUUUGUUCCCAACAAAUACAUGAAAGCAUUUUGUGAAUACACAUUAUUUUGAAUGGAUUGUUUAUGAUUUGUAAUAAAAAAAAGUGAUCUGAAAAAACGCAA